UGUGUAUCCCUCCUCCUUUAUCCAUGGGCGGUCAAGCAGUGGCUUUGAAGGAUUUUCUCCCAAUCUAUGAAUAUAAUAAAAUGAAAGCAUUUCAGGGAGAACCUGGACCCUCUCUUGCUCCACUCCACCUUAAGGCUGAAAUUGGAUUUAUUUACUCUGUUUCUCCUAGGACUGAGGUGGGCGUGGGGAGGCAGUUGAGAAAUAUUUAUAAAGGUUCUGCCAAGCCAGGGUCCCUAACCCCAGGCCAAAGGGGGUUGAGUUUACACUACAGCCAAAGAAUGGAAGACACUCCUCCUCAGGGGGGAUGGUCCUCAAACAGAACCGCCUCUAGAUCUGCUGGCUGUGAGGCCCAGCCCCCACCCCUCCUUCCUCCCUCUGAUCCUGAGUCACCUUUUCGGAUUUUGGAGUUGAGCACCAUGGGGACUCCAAAUGAUCAGGCAGUGUUGCAGGCCAUAUUCAACCCUGACACCCCGUUUGGAGACGUUGUUGGGUUAGACCUAGGAGAGGAAGCACAGAAGGAAGAAGCAGAUGAAGACGGAGUUUUCCCUCGAGCACAGCUGGAGCAGUCCAAGGCCCUGGAGCUGCAGGGGGUGAUGGCAGCAGAGGCUGGCGACCUCAGCACAGCCCUGGAGAGGUUUGGCCAAGCCAUCAACCUGCUGCCUGAGAGGGCCUCAGCCUACAACAACCGAGCCCAAGCCCUGCGACUCCAGGGAGACGUGGCAGGCGCCCUGGAGGACCUGGAGCGCGCCCUGGAGCUGAGCCGAGGCCGGGGCCGCGCCGCCCGCCAGGGCUUCGUGCAGCGCGGGCUCUUGGCGCGACUGCAGGGCCGCGACGACGACGCCCGCAGGGACUUCGAGCGGGCGGCGCGGCUGGGCAGCCCCUUCGCGCGGCGCCAGCUGGUGCUGCUCAACCCCUACGCCGCACUGUGCAACCGCAUGCUGGCCGACAUGAUGGCGCAGCUGCGCGGGCCCGCACCCGGCGCCGAGCCGGCCCGCGGGCGACGGGAGGGGGGGGCCGCCAACCAAUAAAGCUGCCAGCUCGUACCGAGUCCCGCCUGUGUCUGCGUCCAGCGCCGU